CUUCUUUUGUUUAUCACAAGAUUUAGAAUAAUGGCAAGAGUUCAACUAUUUUUAUGCUUCACUAUCCUUUUAGCAUCGGUGGCUCUUCUGGACGUCGUUUCAGCACACCUGAAGCUUAAGCCAAGCUUGCCUCAGAUUGAAGAUCCGAAGACGCUGAAGGAUGUGGAACCUUACACCGUUAAAGUAGUGAUGGUCUUCGUAUCAGACUUAGAGAAGGAAUGUCCCAAGACAAGUAAAUUUAAGGUCUUCUUUGAGAAACUUAGGGCAUACGCCAAGUAUGUUUGCCCAAUAAAAAGAAAAGACCAAGUAGAUUACGACCGCGAUUUGAAGGCCAAAGCCGGGGGCCUCGUUCAGGCCAUAUCAUCUUUUGCGAUUGGAAAGAUAAAAGAGGAAAUUCAAGAAGAGAAAAUGGAAGUCAUUAAUACAUUCAAGUAUAUGAGAUUUGUUGCGACUAAGAUUUUGGGCAGCCGCAAAAAGGAGGAGAGCGAAGAAUCAAUGAAGCUAUCAGCAGAACAACAAAAAGAAAUCAAAGAAGGGAUCUUAAGAUGGGAAACGAUUAUUGCUCGCAUAACAAACACAAUGAUAACGAGCACAAAAGAUUCUUCUUCGAGUGAAACUUCAACAACUGAGAAAGGAGAUUCAAGCGACAAAAGCAAAAGCUCUGGCUCUGAAGGUAAAGGCUCUUCCGAAGACACUCAAGAAUCAAAAUCUAACUCCGGCAGUCCUAGUGGAAGCCCAUCCAGCAGCCCAUCUGGUUCAAGUGGAAAAGAAACUGACUCUAAGGCUAAUAAAACUACUGAUGAAAAAUCUUCAGCUGCAAGUGGAAAAGAAACUGACUCUAAGGAUACUAAAAAUACCGAUGAGAAAUCUUCUGCUACUAGUGGAAAAGAAACUUCCACUAAGGAUACUAAAAUUAACGGAGAAAGUUCAUCCGCUGCAAGUGGAAAAGAAACUUCCUCUACGGAUACUAAAGCUAACGGUGAGAGCUCCGCUAGUGAAAAUACCGAAACUAGUCAGAGCGGCACCGUAAAUGUGGAACAAGUCGAGGCUGAGACUUCCAAACAAGUCUCAUCAUUCAUAAUGAACCUCGAAAAGAAGUGCCCGCAGAAGGAAGAAUACAAAGCCUUCUUCGAGCAACUCAAGGGUACAAUGAUUGCUCCCGUCAAAGAAGGAAAAGAUUUGUUUACUAGGAUUAAAUCUGCUGCUGGUAAAGUAUCUGGUGCCAUGGCGUUUAUUCGGUCAAGAGUUGAAAGCAAAUCAGCUGAGGUUAAACAGUCUAUGGAAACUUACCAGGGAGAAGUGAUGAAGACUCUCCAAGAGUUAGAAACAAUCCACAGUCAAAUUGUGAGUCAGAACAAAGGCAAGAAAGAAGGGUCUUUGACAUGCACACCAGCACAACAGAUGCAGAUUAAGCAGACAAUCACCAAGUGGGAACAAGUCACUACCCAAUUCGUUGAGACUGCAACCCAGACCGAGACAACGUCCUCGUCUUCAACAUCUUCCACCGGCAAGAUGGUGGCAAACUAAACUCAAAAAAAGGCCUAUCUACAUUCAUUCUCAACAAAUCAUCAAAAACAAAAAUAACCUUAUCUUAUAAUUACUAGCUAUACAAUAAAUUUAGAUUUUCAUUUUUUUUUUUUUUUUGUAAAUAAAAUCAAGAUCAGUAUAGGCAUAGAUCUGCUGAUCGUCCUCUGCAAGGAAUAUUUCUCUGUAAGGACAAAUAUAGAUUGUAACAAUCACUCUCAAGUCUCAAGUGAGUCUCAGUGAGUGAGUUCACAUUAAUAAAGUUUUGAUACUUCUCUU